GAAAACGACAAUGCAAAAGAAAAUCAACAUUGUCGAAAAUAAAUGAAAUUUUAAAAGUUUUUUAUAAAAUAAUACAUUUAAUACAAAUUAAAUGUCAUAUAUUGAAUAAAAAUAUAUUUAAGGCUCAAUAAAGCAAACCUAGGAAAUACCUCGAAAAUUUCGUAAAAGAAAUAUUUUUAUUUUGAAGAACAAUGUCGGACGAUCAAAAUCGUGGACGUCGGCGUCCCUCCAGAGAAUAUCAUUCAACAGAACCUAGCAGUUCUUCGCGUCGUCCCCGUGAACCAUCCUAUGCGGAAGAGCCGCGACCUAAAGUUUAUAAAAGAGAACGAGAUUCCACAGAAGAUCGCUCUAGAUUGUCUUCCGUUAAACAUGCUUCACCUGCCGAUCGUUCACGUUCGACUUCAUCAAAACGCGAUUGUGAGGAGAAACGAGAACCGAGCCGACGUGAUGACAGACCCUCUACCUCACAAGCUACUUCUAAGGAAGGUGCAACCGGACCUGGCGGCGAUAAUCGUAGAGAUCGCAUUAAUCGCUAUGAAGUUGCAUUGGUGCACACAAAACCGAAAAAUUGCGACACCAAAAUUGGUACUCAAGGCACAAAAAUCGUAUUGCAAACAAACUAUUUCCUUUUGGACACCAAACCCACUUGGAGAUUAUAUCAGUAUCAUGUCAGUUUCUCGCCCACAAUUGAGUUGAGACGUUUAAAGAGUGGCAUUUUGUCGGAACAUCGUGCCAUGUUGGGCGGUUAUUUGUAUGAUGGAACAAAAUUGUUCACCACCGUUAAAUUGCGUGAAGAACAAACCAUUUUACACACCACCUCCAGGCAGGGAGAUAAUUAUGUCAUAACUAUUAAAUAUGUGGGACUAAUUUCAAUGACUGAAUGGCAAUCGUUGCAAAUAUUGAAUUUGAUUUUAAGACGUUCAAUGGAGGGCUUAAAAUUGCAGUUGGUAGGACGUAAUUUUUAUGAUCCCAUAGCAAAGAUUGACAUACGCGAGCAUCAUAUGCAGUUAUGGCCUGGCUAUCAAACCUCUAUACGUCAGCAUGAAAAAGACAUUUUAUUGUGUGCCGAAAUUGCUCACAAAGUAAUGCGCACUGAAACCGUUUACGAUAUUUUCAAACGUUGUUUCGAUCGUAGUUCGGGAGAUUUUCGUGAAGAUUUCAAACGCCAUGUCAUUGGUUUGACGGUUUUAACCGAUUACAAUAAUAAAACUUAUCGCAUUAAUGAUAUCGAUUUCCAAAAGACACCCAAAGAAACGUUUAGUAUGAAAGGAGAAAGUGUUUCAUUCCUCGACUAUUAUUACAAUCGCUACAAUUUGCGCAUUAAAGAUCCCGACCAACCGUUACUGCUGUCCAAGUCCAAGGAACGCUCAGUGCGGGGCGGUGAAAAGGAGGUGGUUAUUCUCAUACCAGAAUUGUGCCGUGCUACGGGUUUAGACGACAGUAUGCGCAAUGAUUUCAGACUCAUGCGUGCUUUAGCCGAUCACACCCGUAUGAAUCCGGAUCGUCGUAUUGAUCGCCUCAAAAUAUUCAAUAGACGUUUGCAACAAACCGAAGACAGUGUUAAAAUCCUUAAGGAAUGGAAUAUGAAAUUGGAUAACAGUUUGGUUGAAGUGCAAGGCCGCAUAUUAGAUCAACAAAAGAUCGUUUUCCGCGAUCACAGAAAAGAACCUUCUGGUGAACAAGCUGACUGGACCAGACAUUGCCGCAAUAUGGGUAUGUUUACUACACCCUCGCGUGGCUUAGAUCGUUGGUGUGUUAUUGCCACCUCUCGCAAUGCUCGUGAAUUGCGUAAUUUUGUUGAAUCUCUAAUAAGAGCUGCAAAUGGCAUGCACAUGAGAAUGGAAAGACCAAGAGAAGUUAUUAUUUACGAUGAUCGUACCCACAGCUAUAUACAAGCCAUGGAAGAUUGCUGCCGUCAAGAUCCCCAGUUGAUAAUGUGUCUGGUGCCAAACAACAUGGCUGAAAGAUAUGCUUCCAUCAAGAAAAAGAGUUGCUUGGAACGCAGCGUUCCCACUCAGGUGAUAACACAAAAGUCGGCCAGUAAUCCCAAAGGUCUAAUGAGCAUUGCCACCAAAGUGGCCAUACAAAUCAAUUGCAAAUUGGGCUAUACCCCAUGGAUGAUUGAUAUACCACUCAAGGGUUUAAUGACCAUCGGCUACGAUGUGGCCAAAAGUUCACGGGACCGUUCAAAGUCCUUUGGUGCCCUAGUAGCCACCAUGGAUUUGAAAUCAAAUGCUACCUUUUAUAGUACAGUGGCCGAAUGUAGUUCACACGAUGUAUUGGCCAAUAGUCUGUGGCCCAUGAUGACAAAAGCAUUGCGUCAAUACAAAAAGGAACAUGAUGCUUUGCCCAAUCGUAUACUUUUCUAUCGUGAUGGUGUCAGUGAGGGUUCGCUCAAACAAUUGUACGAGCAUGAAGUGAAAGAUAUUGUAGAGAAAUUGGAACAAGAGUACAAAAGAGCUAAUGCCGAGAAACCGCCUAUGUUUGCUUAUGUCGUUGUAACGAAAUCAAUAAAUACCCGCCUAUUUGCCCGUGGUCAUAAUCCUCCGCCCGGUACAGUGGUAGAUGAUGUUGUUACCCUGCCAGAACGUUAUGAUUUCUACCUGGUAUCGCAAUCAGUGCGUCAAGGCACUGUCUCACCCACUAGUUAUAAUGUAGUUUACAGUACCAUACGUUUGACUCCCGAUCAAAUGCAAUUGUUGACCUAUAAAAUGACGCAUUUGUAUUACAAUUGGUCGGGUACCACCCGAGUGCCGGCUGUGUGUCAAUAUGCCAAAAAAUUGGCCACUUUGGUGGGCUCCAGUCUGUUCCAACCGCCUCAAAAUGCUUUGGAAAAGAAACUUUAUUAUUUGUAAGAUUUUCUUUGAAAACUUAUUUUUCAUUUUAGUUUAAGUUACGUUUUCCAUACAUAUACAAUACGUAUAUUUUAUUUUUAAUUUAACUGUGUUAAAAAAAGUUUUUUUUUCUUCUCUUUAUUUAACGCUUUAAUUAAAAACAUAUAACUUUUAUAAAUGUAAUUAAGUUUUUUACGAAGCAAAUUAAUAUAAUUUCCUAUUUUUAGUUUAACAUUCUCGUGGAAUUACAUUAAUUUCUACAAGUUUUCAUUACACAUAUUAAUAAUUUCACUACCUAGUUUUUAGUUUUAAUAUCUGUAUUAUUUCAACAUAAAAAAUGCUGUAUUUUGAAUUUAAAUUUUUUAUAUGUUCUCAACUGUUUUUUGUCUUAAUGAAUUUAUGAAAUAAAAACAAUAUUUUUCUGUAAA